CAGGAGCGUCAAGCGGCGUAUCAGCAGGCGCGCGAGCGUAUAUUCGGUAAAUUCAAUCCGGACGAGGAGGUGGAGACUGAGGCCGAUCUAGGGCCAACGCUUGUGCCGUUGCCGCCAACAACGGUGAAUUCGCCAAUAGCUGGCAUUGUGCCAACACCUCGAAUGCCCGCCUACUCGGCUGGCACGGUGCCAAUUCCACGACCGCGCGCUCCAAUGGCCGCAUUGCGCACCAUACGUGCGCCACACUUUCAACCGAUACCUGCCAGUCAAGGCAUAGUCUACACGCUCCCGCCUCCGAUGGGUAUCUAUGCGGGCGCAGUUUGCCCGGGUAUGGGCGCCACCUCGCAGCAGCCGCAGCAACAGCAGUCCCAACCGCACGCCUAUCAGGCGCCGUCGGGAAUGGGUGCCACUGGGCUCCCGCUUGGCGGGCAACGUCUACCCACUCCGCAUCAUCCGAUUGGCGCAAGUGCGGCAGCGGCGGCGGCGGCGGCCGUACACCACCCGGUCAUAUCGCACCCGCCCUUGCCACCUCAUGCCCAGCAUAUGUCCACCUCAUAUCAACCGCCAAUCGCGCUCCCGUUGGGCGCGCCCAGUGGCACUACGCGUCUUCCAGGUCCCCCAAUCGGCCAGGUGAAUGCCACGGGCAUUUCGGCCGGGUGCCCACCACCACCACCACCACCAUCGCUGGUGCCCAAUUCCGCCGCCGCAGUGCUGACUAUGAAUUGUCCGGCGGAUCCAAUGCGGACGUCUCGCGCCGGCGCCGCUGCCGCUGGCGCCGCCACGCAGCCGCAGUCGCAUCAGCCGGUGCCCUUCUAUGACGCACGCGUACCG